AUGCGGGGGAAUUGCAUUUUGAAGUCUGGGUUGCUGUUUGUCACUCUGUCUCUUGCUAUUGCCAAGCACAAGCAAUCUCACUUCGCCAAGAGCUGUUACCCAAGGGGAACCCUGUCGCGGGCUGUUGACAUGCUCUAUGUCAAGGCGGCAUGGCUCAAGGCAACAAUUCCAGAAGACCACAUAAAAAAUAUACGAUUAUUAAAAAAGAAAUCAAAAAAGCUAUUCCUGAAAAACUGCAGAUUCCAAGAACAGCUUCUGUCUUUCUUCAUGGAAGAUGUUUUUGGCCAACUCCAGUUACAAGUUUGCAAAGAAAUACACUUUGUCGAAGAAUUUUAUAGCCUCAGGCAGAAAUUGAGCCGCUGUAUUUCCUGUACUUCAUCAGCUAGAGAGAUGAAAUCCAUUACCAGGAUAAAAAGAAUCUUUUAUGGAAUUGGAAACAGAGGAAUCUACAAAGCCAUCACUGAACUGGAUAUUCUUCUUUCCUGGAUUAAACAAUUCCUGGAAAGUAUUAAGUAAUGCAAGAAAUUAAGCACAUUGAUUUAAUUUUUAUUUUGAAAUAUAAUGAGA